AUGUCCGACCGAAGAACCGCCCGUGAUAGCCGUGAGCCCGAGCGCACGCGCACCGUGGAUCACCUUCCGACCGAUGAUCCCUUCAGCUUGUGCAGGAAGAUCGUGAAGACGAUGAAGCACCAGCACCCCGAAAUCGCAGACGACCGAAAGGCGCGCAUGAGCGUCUGCGCCACCUUUAGCGAGCACGGCGACGGCCUCCGAUGCAACUACUUCAUGCGCAACUAUGGGGCCGAUGUGAAGGAGAUGAUCGAUGAGGGCGAGAGUGCCAGGACCAUCUGCAACUCGCUCGACUUCAACAAGCGCCCGCCCAAGGCCAAGAAUAACAGCUCGCCCGAGGAAAAGGCCAAGACCAUGAGGAAGUGA